GCCCUUCACCGUCGUUACUUUGUAAGCACUGCUCACUCGACAGCUUGUGAGAAAAUAGCUUGCUUAGGCUGAACUUGAACCAACGACCUCCUGCUUACUAGUUGAGAUGUCUCAGCUCAACUACAGAGCUUGUCAGGGGUGGCUGGCUGAUUCGCAUUCCAUGCAGCGGCUGGAAAUAUACAGCACUGUGCACCCAUAGAGGGCACAAGCCUGAAUGUUGUCAUCAAAGUGCUGAUGAACACUUCGUUUGAAUUCAUUGUGAUUCAUGUUCUACAAAUCAAACAAGUAUUCUGGAGAGGAAAGUCUGAGAAAAACUUCAUCAGUCAUCUUCUAGUCAUUGAAGAUGUCAUGUACAUGUAUUUGUAAGCCUUCAGCUAGCGUGUCUGUCAGCUGAGCCAUCAGGUUGCUCGGAAAAAGUUGUCUACAUACAUUGUGCAUGCAUACAGUUGAGCAACAAGAGCAUGUUUAAUGUGUUGACAAAGGCAUGCUUGGUACAGUUGUUCUGCAGUAGACUUUUCUUCUAGAACAACGACCAUUUCCAUGAACGAUUGAAUUUCUUUCUGCUGCAGUUUAAUUUGCUUGAUUCACCAGUGGACGAGCAGACAAGUUAGUAUAACUACACUUCCUGACAGGUUUAGAGUUCUGUGCACCAGCGAAUCUUCUUCAUUUGGAAUGAGGCUGAGUUUAUGAUGAAUGAAGAAAGCUAGAUCCACUGGUCCCACAUUCAGACCAAGGAAAUUUGGACCACCCACCAUACUGGUUCUGUAUACAACCUACUCUCGUUUGCUGUAUCAGUAUCUUCUCUGUAACGGCAGUACCUCAAGCAAGUACUGGCUUCAAGACUUCUAAUGACAGAAUACGAUGCAGCUUCCUGCCAGCUUCACACAAUGACUAAGCAGCUACCGUUGCGAUUGCAAAUGUCAUUCUUGAGCACUUCUGUUUCUCCAUGCAAAAUUGCACAGGACCUAUUGGACAAUUAUGAUGGACUGAAACAUCACAGCUGUUGAAAUAACCUCCAAAAAGUUAAAGGUUUUCAUGGUGGAAAUUCAACUAGUAAACUGUUUGCGUAUUUUUGAUUUCACAACUUAAAAACCAACUGUACGUUGUUGAAUUCCCGUUGAUAUUUUUGGAUUUUUUGUUAUUGUUGGUUGAUCUUUUUGAUCUGCCAUUGUGCAAUUGUAUCAUUUCAUUGUGCAGUUGGAUCUUUCCAUUGUCAAAAAGCCUUUCAGUGUUUAGAUAUGUGAGACAUUUGAGAUUAUACUUUGAUUUCACCACCCAGUGAACAUGUAUCUUCUAAUUACGAAGAAACAGUGAACCAUGGAAACUAAUGGAACUGACAUGUAUGCUAUGGGUCCAGUGGUUCAUGCAUUUAUGGUAGCCACUAUACCCUUGUGUUUUGUUAGUCUAUUGAUCCAUUGCUAUAUCAUAUUCUCAGUUAUUUUCAACAGAACUCUGCACAGUGCGUCAAAUUACUUACUUGCCAAUCUGUGUGCAUCAGUUGUAUUUUCAAACUCAGUUUCCAUAGUUACAAUGUGUCUCCUUUUGCACCCAGUUGCAUUGGUGAACAUCACACUUUUACAGACACUUAACAUUUUUUGUAUUCCUAUCGUGUUUGUUACGGUUUUCUUUAUGUCCAGCUCUGCUGUUGUUGCCGGUGACCGCUUUGUCAAAGUGGCCCAUCCAUUGAGAUAUUUGGGCUUCAUGACCGAUAAGACUUGCGGCUGUCUCAUAGGCUCUUGCUGGGUAUUGUCCGUUAUUGUUUGUUCAUGUUUUGCUGCUGUGUUUGUCACUAGUGAAGUACGUACAUAUGUCCCUUAUGGUACCGCAGCCUAUUUUGAAGCCACUAGAUUGAACCCUCCUUAUCGUAUUUUUGCCAUAUUUAUCUCUGUCAUCAUUGUCCUAGGUCUACUGAUUAUUGAUGGGUUUGUGCUGGGUUUGUUGCGCAUUGCCAGAGAACAGCGGCGAAAAAUACAAAACGAACUCAACAUGCUGCCAAACAUUGGUGCAAACAGAGUCCGACAGCUAGGAGAGGGCUCCAACAAAACCAUCAGAUACAUCCUUUACCUGGGUUCUUACACUUUGGCCUGGCUACCUUGUGCCAUUAUAUUGAAUGCCCUUUUCUUUUCAAGGCAAAUUGACUUUGGAACAAGCACAGAUAUUUCAAUGGGGUUCAUAUUGGUGUCCCUUUUCCAGUUGAUGUACGGUACGCUUUUCCUGACAUUUAUGCAGGAAGAGCACAGGAAAGCUCUGCAAAGCACAUGGCAAGCUCUUGUUCAGAAACUGAAGUGUUAGAUGUUAGAUCCUCUUGUGUACAAUCCCCAAGUCAGCUCUCGGGACAUGAUUGUCAUUCAGUCGGUUAAUGUAGGUGACGUUGAGAUCCCAGUGGAUGUGUAAGCUUUGCAGUAUGAUUUAAUAGUGUUGUCAAAUAUAAGUGGCACACUUUUUAAAGCCCUUUUCAUCAUUGUUCUCUUAUGAAUGAUGCUAUUUUAGGUUGAUAACUUCACAAGGUAUUUGGUUCUUGUUCUUUCUUUCCUUUGAGCAAGAUUUUCUCAUUACAUUGGUACAGUGUAGGUUGGUUACAGACUAAUUCAUUUUUCCAAGAAGUAAUAUUCUGAUCAUUUCCCUAUCAUCAAUAUUGUGGUAAUAGUCUUAAUUUGGAUUAGUUGUUAUCAAAGUCUCUGCCAACCUGAUCGAAACACCAUCCUUCCUAUCUUACUAAGAUCUAAACUACAAGUUAAAUUGGUACUUUAAAUUAACUUCUCUCGUUGUUUGAUAUCACAAUUAAUAUUGUAUACCACCGUCACCAUAGUUAAUAAAGUUUUAGGAAUUAUCUCCGGCAUUUGAGGCAUCAGAACUAGUGAACAGGAUAUUGAGUGGGAAAUUACAAGGAGACUAGAACCAGUUUGUCAGAUGGCAAAUGGCCUGGACGCAAAAUUUGGUUUUCUAGAGAAUACGCCCUCUUUCUUGUUGACAUCAUAAAAGCUUAUUCCCUCAUUAGCUCUGUGGGACUAAUGAAGAUGAAUUUGACAGUCGACUUCCCCUACUCUGACUUUGUGAAUUGCUGCAUCAAUUUAGGUAGAAGCAUUGUGUAUACAACACAUGAUGGCUGUGUUAUACAUUCACAAAGAAGGCCGUUUAUUAUUAAUGUCUAGUUGUGGCAGGAUCGCUCAGUUUGCGGGACUGAGAUUUCGUAGAAGAGAUAAUGUUUUCUGCUGCGCAGGAAGCUUCCGAUCUGUACCGCCGGCAAAAUCAGAACUUUUCUCUUAUCAUUGUAAUUGCUUGUUAUCUGCACUUUUUGGUACCUCGUUGUGACUUGACCAGUGAACAGCAAUUUAAUAUUGCAUUUUGCCCUUCACUGACGUAACUUUGUAAGCACUCGACAUCUUGUGAGAAAAUUGCUUGCUUAGGCUUGACAUGAACCAACGACCUCCUGCUUACUGGUUGAGAUGUCUCAGCUCAACUACAGAGCUUGUCAGGGGUGGCUGGCUGAUUCGCAUUCCAUGCAGCGGCUGGAAAUAUACAGCAUUGUGCACCCAUAGAGGGCACAAGCCUGAAUGUUGUCAUCAAAGUGCUGAUGAACACUUCGUUUGAAUUCAUUGUGAUUCAUGUUCUACAAAUCAAACAAGUAUUCUGGAGAGGAAAGUCUGAGAAAAACUUCAUCAGUCAUCUUCUAGUUUUUGAGGAUGUCAUGUGUAAACUUUCAGCUUACGUGUCUGUCAGCUGAGCCAUCAGGUUGCUCGGAAAAAGUUGUCUACAUAUUGUACAUACAUGUAGUUGAGCAACAAGAACAUUUCUAAUGUGUUGGCACUUGGCAUGCUUGGUACAGUUGUUCUGCAGUAGACUUUCUUCUGGAACAUUGUGACCAUUUCCAUGAGUGAUUGAAUGUCUUUCUACUGCAGUUUAAUUCACUUCAUUCUCCUGUGGACAAGCAGACAAGUUGGCACACCCAGAACCUCUACACUUUCUGACAGGUUUACAGUGCUGUACACCAGUUGAUCUUCUUCACUUGGAUUGAGGCCAAGUUUAUGAUGAAUGAAGAAAGCUAGAUCCACUGAUCCUAAAUUCAGACCAAGAAAAUUUGGACCACCCACCAUACUGUUUCUCUAUAUGACCUACCAUCGUUUGCUGUAUCAGUAUCUUCUCUGUAACGGCAGUACUUCAAGCAGAGGUGUACUUUACAAGGCUACAAAGGACAGAAUAUGUCAUGCAGUUUCCCGGCAGUUUUUCACAAUGACCAUGCACUUUUGAUUCUCUUUUUUUUUGCUGGUUGGUGUAAUUUCAGCGAUUUGCCAUUG